CGUGGCACAAAAGUUGUUGGCGAUUUAUGUUCAAAUCCUUCGUCUCAUCGAAACUUGUGGUGGAUUUAUUUAAAAAAUGACGACAUACCAGGACUUUAUAACACAGAAUGAAGACCGAGAUGGUGUUAGGUUUAGCUGGAAUGUUUGGCCCUCGAGCCGACUGGAAGCUACGCGAAUGGUUGUUCCCGUUGGUUGUAUGUACACACCAUUGAAAGAACGGCCAGACCUUCCUCCAAUCUGUUAUGAUCCUGUUUUGUGUACAAGGAACACCUGUAGAGCAGUAUUGAACCCGUUUUGUCAAGUGGACUAUCGAUCCAAAGUUUGGCACUGCAAUUUUUGCUUCCAAAGAAAUGCGUUUCCUCCUCAAUAUGCUGGAAUAUCAGAACAACACCAACCUGCUGAACUUAUCCCUCAGUUUUCAACCAUUGAGUAUACUCUACAGCGUGGAGGUACCUCUGGUCCACUGAUAUAUCUCAUAGUGUUAGACACAUGUAUGGAUGAUGAAGACUUCCAGGCUGUCAAGGAAUCUCUGCAAAUGUCUAUGAGUCUAAUGCCACCCAAUGCAUUAGUUGGUCUCAUCACAUUUGGUAAAAUGGUUCAUGUCCAUGAGCUGGGAUGUGAAGGUUGCUCCAAGAGUUAUGUCUUUAGAGGAACAAAGGACCUUAAUGCUAAACAAAUACAGGACAUGCUUAGCUUAGGAGGCAGUGGGCGAGGACAACAGCAGCAAAUCAGAGGAGGACCUGUACCACCUCAACAACAGCCCAAUGAAACAUUUAACAGGUAUUCACACUCACCUCAUGGUCUGAAAUGGAAGUGCACCUAUCCUAACACUGGUGGUAGAAUCAUGCUGUUUAUGGGAGGACCUGGAACACAGGGACCAGGCAUGGUGGUUGAUGAAGAGUUGAAGAAUCCAAUGCGAUCACAUCAUGACCUUGAGAAAGACAAUGCAAGACAUGUCAGGAAAGCUAUCAAGCAUUAUGAAGCAUUGUCUCGCCGUGCUGCAGAAAACGGGCAUGUUGUGGAUAUAUUUGCAUGUCAGUUGGAUCAGACAGGACUUCAUGAGAUCAAGAGUUUUCCUAAUGUUACAGGGGGUUACAUGGUUAUGGGAGAUUCAUUCAACACAGCACUUUUCAAACAAACAUUUCAGAGAGUGUUUUCCAAAGAUAUGCGGGGAGAGUUUAAGAUGGCUUUUUGUGCUACACUUGAAGUGAAGACAUCAAGAGAAUUGAGAGUAUCAGGUGCCAUUGGACCAUGUAUAUCAUUGGACAGAAAAGGACCAAAUGUUUCUGAAACAGAAAUUGGAGUUGGUGGAACAUGUGCGUGGAAGCUGUGUGGACUGGAGCCUCAGACAACACUUGGAGUCUUCUUUGAAAUAGUUAACCAGCACACGGCCCCAGUUCCCCAGGGAGGGCGUGGCUGCAUACAGUUUAUCACACAGUACCAACAUUCCAGUGGCCAACGGAGAGUUCGAGUCACAACGUGCGCGCGAAACUGGGUAGAUGCAUCAAAUGUUCAACACAUCGCUAUGGGGUUCGACCAGGAGGCUGCAGCCGUUAUGAUGAGCAGAGUAGCUGUUUUUAGAGCUGAAGGUGAUGAUGGACCUGAUGUGUUACGCUGGUUGGAUCGCAUGCUCAUUCGACUGUGUCAGAAGUUUGGUGAAUACCAUAAGGAUGACCCAGGCUCUUUUCGUCUGGCAGACAACUUCUCUCUAUAUCCACAGUUUAUGUUUCACCUGAGACGGUCACAAUUCCUUCAAGUGUUCAAUAACAGCCCUGACGAGACAGCUUAUUACAGACAUAUCUUGAACCGUGAAGAUGUAACGAACUCGUUGAUUAUGAUUCAACCUAUCCUAUACUCGUAUUCCUUUCAAGGACCCCCUGAGCCGGUGUUGUUAGAUUCUAGCAGUAUUUUAGCUGACAGAAUUCUUCUCCUGGACACGUUUUUUCAGAUUCUUAUUUUCCACGGAGAGACAAUAGCACAGUGGAAAAAAGCCGGGUAUCAUAGCGAUCCACAAUAUGAAAGUUUCCGCCAGCUUCUUCAGGCUCCAGUUGAUGACGCAGGUGAAAUCCUACAGGUUCGCUUCCCCAUGCCGCGUUACAUAGAGACUGAACAUGGCGGCUCUCAGGCUCGUUUCUUGCUGUCCAAAGUGAACCCGUCCCAGACCCAUAACAACAUGUUCGCUUGGGGUCAAGAUGCAGCUGGGGCCCCUGUGCUUACUGAUGACGUCAGUUUGCAAGUGUUUAUGGAACAUCUCAAGAAACUCGCUGUGUCUAACACUUCCUAAGCAAAGCAUUCCCUGGGGCUCCGUCUUUGGACCUUUCCUUGGGAGGAAUCCUAGAUAUCCCACUGAAAGUACCUAGAGAGGACUCCCUAUAUGACAGAUCUUUAUAGCAUUUUCAAAAUGGUAAAAGUACAUGUUGCUUUAAUAGUCUCGUCCCUGAUAUUCUCUUGAUUGCUAAUGGUGAAUACACGCAGGUACUUUGCCUUAAAAAAAAAAAAAAAAACUUAAAUUUGUGUUGGAAGUAUGUUUCCGCGAACCAAACCCUGAAAUUUUAUUAAAGUACACUAGAGAGGCAAACAUAUUUUUGCCUGUUUUAUGUCUUAGAAAUGAUUAUCGGUGGAAAGUAAACACGUUGUCCUUUUUGUA